AUGAUCGAGAUCUCGAAAAUAGAUGCAAUAUUGGGAUUGCUGUUAAUGUUUUUCGCCAUAUUUAUGAUGAAUGUAUCCAGUGUCUACAUAAAGCUGAUACUGCAGUCAAAUUCGACAUUUACUGCUAUCGAAGUAAUGUUCGUGAGGGGAUUCUUCUAAAUGAUUAUUAAUCAACUAGUAAUGUAGGUUUUUAAUAUGCUUACUUCAUUCAGUGGUGUAUUGGUCAUAGUUUACUUCUCAGCUUAAGAUAAUGCCAAAUAGCAAUCCACUGGAUUGGCUCAAGUAUCACACUUCAUGUUUAUUGCAGCAAUAGUGAUGAACUUUGUCUCUGCAACUGCAAUAGGGUUCACCAAUGUUGUCAUUAAGUAGCUAAAAGGAUUACAUUGGUCUAUCUUAUCCGGAUUUUAAGGAUCUAUGAGCUUAGUAGCGUCAUUAAUUAUUUGGCUUCUCUAUAGAUUCGUUUAUAUAAGAGAGUCUUUCUAGUAUAAUUUUACUCUUAAUGAUUAUCACUAUAUGAUCGGACUUGGAAUAUUUGCAGGUUUUGGCCAAAUAUUUUGGGUUAAAGCUCUAUUGCUAGACAAAGCAGGCAGAUGUGCAUCCCUAACACUUUUAAACAUAGUGUUUGGCUUUUUCUUUGAUGUUUUGAUUUUCAACUAUAAUUUAAGGAUUUAUGAGAUACUGGGUGGAUCUGUCAUUAUUUUGUGCUCUGCAUUAGUAUUUAUAAUAAAACUGAGAACUAAAAAUGAAUGA